GUUAAUAAGGUGGGCGGUUCUAACAUUUCUCUGCAGCGCGAUUGGUUGAAGUGGUGCGUAUGCUCCCAUCUACUGCUACUGCCUAGAUUCGAGUGUAUGAGUUGUUCUUUUGGUUGGUCAAUUUGCUAGGCCUACGAAUGGAAAGUUGUUUUGCAGCCGAUAUCGAACAAAAUGAAGCAAACGACUACCUCCAGUUUCGUUUGGCACGGAUCAUGGAGGAUUUAGUUCAGCUCCAAGCUGAGAUGGAUGUGGAGGUUGACUCGGCUGCAUUGGACAGUCUGGAGGAAGUUGCCCGCCAACUAGCCAUCCGCUCAGAGUCAGAGGGAACAAGGACUGGACGACCAUCCUUUAUUUUACCUCCAGAAGUCAUCGAAGCGCACCUCCAUUUGGGCCACACCGCUGCAGACAUCGCAUAUUUGUUCAGGGUGUCUGAGCGAACAAUCAGACGGAGGAUGGCACAGUACGGGAUAAGAGUCCAUGAUCUGUUAACACCGCUGGAUGACAAAGAUCUUGAUGAAAAAGUGACCCAGAUUCUUCAACACCAGCCCAACUGUGGCUACAAAAUGAUGCUUGGUCACCUGAAUGCUCAGGGCAUCCACAUACAGAGACAACGUGUGCAGGAUUCCAUGCGGCGUGUGGAUCCUCAUGGAGUUUUAUUGCGAACCCUUCAGUUGAACCCACAGAGACGGAGGAGGUACUCUGUGCCAGCAUCCAACAGUUUGUGGCACAUCGAUGGCAAUCACAAACUAAUAAGAUAUUAG